AACAAGUGACAGUAAUUGAUUCUUUUAAAGUGCUUGCAGCCUUUGCUUUGGUUCCCUGUGAAUGUGAGUUUAAGUAACACAAGUUUACACAAAUAAUGUCUUUAACUGUUUCACUCUUGCAUAGCAUCUUUUUAGAUGAGCAUCUCAAAGAACUUAGGCGAUUAAAUGUUAUUUCUAUCUUGACUGAAAACAUUGGUUAUACUCAUGUAAAUUCGGAGCUGAAGCUGAGCAGAACUGGCUCAGUGGGUGCAGAGAUGAGAACGUUCUCACCUAUACAUAGGAUCAGACCUUAAAAUGGACAUAGUGUCAAACUUAUUUUUAAAGAUAAAGUUAUUUCUAAAGCAGAUAUCUUUGAGGACUAAGGCUGUCUAAUCAUAAAUCAGUUCUGCACAGGCAGCUGCCUGCACCAGUGCAGGGCCCCACUUGACUGGUUGUGGAUAUAAAGGUCUGUCCAGUGACUCUGACUGAAGGAUGGGGAGCUAAGUCUGUGAUAUAUAGUUAGCACACAGAAGGCAGACUAGUUGGAGAGAAGGCACAGCACUCCAUUAACUGAACGAGCACCCAGCUUAACCUGAGCUAGUUGAGGCUUUAGGAAACCAUUCACACUUGGCAUGCCCACGCUAGUAACAUGAACCCUAAGGCCUUGUCUACACUACAGAGUUUUGUGGACAAAAGUCAGUUUUCAUCGACAAAACAGUGGAGGUUUAUACACUACAGUGCUCCUUCCACCAACAAACUCUCUUGUUUUGCCAACAAAAUAAAACCACCUCAGCAAGAGGUGUAGAAACAAAGUUGUCUUGACAAAGGCUAGGUAUACACCGCAUAUCUUACAAUGGUGCGGCUCUGCAGCUGCGCUGUUGUAAGGUGCGCUGUGUAGCCGCUUUUUAUCUCUGGGAGAGCGCUCUCCCAGCGACAAAAUAAAACCAUCUGCACCGAGGGGUGAUAGCUUUGUCGCCAGGAGCAUGGCUCCCACUGACGAAGUGCUGUCCACACCAGUGCUUUUCAUCGUUAAAACUUUUGUUGUUCGGGGGGACGUGUUUUUUCACACCCCUGAGCGACAAAAGUUUUAACAAUAAAAUUGUCAGUGUAGUCACUGCGCUUGGUUAUGUCACUGUAAAUGGCCUCCAGGAGGUGUUCCACAGUGCCCAUCCUGACUGCUCUGGUCAGCAGUUCAAACCCCACUGCCUUGUACCCAGAUACACAAGUGUCUGCAUCUCCCCCUUUAAAAGUCUGGGAAUUUUUGAAAUUCCACUUCCUGUUUGCUUGUCAUGGAGAGCUCACAUCGCAUAUUCGCAGCUGACCAUGGUGGCUCCACGCAGCAAACACUUUCCCGCUUGGAGCACACUUGAGUUGUUGGAUCUGCUGGCGCUGUGGGGAGAGGAGGCUGUGCAGUCCCAGCUCCACUCAAGCCAUAGGAACUUUGUGGCAUGUUGGAUAAGGGCUACAAACGAGACACACAUCAGUGCCGUGCAAAGAUAAAGGAGCUGAGGCAGAUGUACCAAAAGGCAAGGGAAUCAAACCGUUGCUCAGAUGCUGCACUGAAGACCUGCUUCUAUAGGGAGCUGGAUGCCAUCCUCGGCGGCGAACCCACCUGCAUCACCAAGAGCCCCAUGGACACUUCGGGGGGGCUGGAGACAUCAGACUGGAUUCAACCCUGAAAAUGAAGUGGUGAACAAGGAGGUUGAGUUGGAGGAUGAGAUGUGAAAGGUGACGGGCUGUCCUGUACAGUGGCAGGCCAGGACCUCUUCUUGACCCAGGAGGGUUCGAGCCAGUCCCACCACUCCAUCUCUGGCACACAUGAUGCAGGAAAGAGGAGCUCUGACGCCUUCAGGAGAACCCCCUAUGCACUGGCGAAGUGGGUGAGGAGGAGCAAGAAAGACCCGUUUUGAGAGGUGCUCCAAUCCUUAGACACCGAAAAACAAGAACACAGGGCGUCGAGAGAGACUGUAAAUGAAAAUUAUAUAAUACGCAGGACAGGAGGGAGAGCCAGGAGCAAUUUUAAUCGGCCAGAAGUGGAUGAUAAAAGUGAUGGAGGAGCAAACGGAAAUGUUGAAAUGCCUAAUUACUCUGCAGGGGCUGUUGAAAAAUGGUGUGAAACGCAAUCAGAAGCCCAUGGAAUGAUGGGACAGAAAAAACUGCAUCAUGGGCUGUUGAGCCCACACCCAUGUUGCACUGCAAUCCACUCUGUCUUCCCACAACUCCUAGCUGCAGCAGAAUUUGAUGAUGCAGCUAACUUGCUGGCAGGAAACCCAGAUGCCACCACAAUAAGUAUUGAUGAGCCUAGUGAAAACCCCAAGAAUCAGUAUGGCCUUCUGCAAGACUCUAGGAGAGAGGAGGAUGAUGAGUUACUGGGGACUGAUGACUCAGAUAAAACUGAGUUACUUGCAGGACAGAAGAAAAGUGCCCCCUUCUGGACAUUUGAAUACUACCAGACUUUCUUUGAUGUGGAUACAUAUCAGGUCCUAGACAGAAUAAAAGGCUCGGUUUUCCCAAUACCAGGAAAAAACUUUGUAAGACUAUAUAUACGCAGCAAUCCAGAUCUUUAUGGUCCAUUUUGGAUAUGUGCCACAUUAGUCUUUGCCAUUGCUAUUAGUGGUAAUCUUUCAAAUUUCUUCAUCCAUCUGGGUAAACCUGCAUAUCGGUAUGUGCCUGAGUUCAGAAAAGUGUCCAUAGCUGCAACAGCUAUCUAUGCUUAUGCUUGGCUGGUUCCUCUGGCUCUCUGGGGAUUCCUUAUGUGGAGAAAUAGCAAAGUUAUGAGCAUCGUCUCCUACUCGUUUCUUGAGAUAGUGUGUGUCUAUGGCUAUUCACUCUUUAUUUAUAUUCCAACAGCUAUUUUGUGGAUUAUUCCACAAAAAGCUGUACGAUGGAUCUUGGUAAUGUUUGCUCUGUGCCUUUCGGGGUCAGUUUUAGUAAUGACAUUUUGGCCUGCUGUUAGAGACGAUAACCGAAGGAUUGCACUGGCUACUAUGGCAUACUUUUUUGAUGCUCCUGACCUGAAUGUUCUUAUACCUACUGCAGCUGCUCAAAAUGGAACAAUAGUAGCAACAAAGACUCAGUAAAUAAGAUUACAAUGCCUGUAUUCCCCAUCUGUACAGUAAUUUUAUUUUAGAUAUUUUUUCACUGAAGAAAAUGGAAAUUGCAAAAACUGAAAAAGAAGGAAGAGCCAGUACAGUUACAUGACUCAUGGACAUCUAAAUGCUCAUCAGAACGCUACUAGACUUCUAAUACUGUUGAUCUUAUUCCUUGUACAGGGAUUUUCUUUUUUCUUAAUUUCUGCAUACCUUGCACUCAUUGCAGUGUAUAUCUCAGAAUAAAAUGCUCCUGAGGGUG